GUUCCCAAAGGCGGAGCCAGCCAGCAGGGUCACCCUGUUCCUUUAAGAGAAAGGGGAGGGCUAGCCCCUCUCAGCCAUCCUGUCCUGUCCUCCAUCCCGGCCAAAUCCGAAAAGGAAAAUGAAAGAGGGAGCAGGAGGCACCGGUCCCAGCCACCUCCCAAGGUCCCUGGCUCAGCUCUGACACCCCAGCCCGGGCCCCAGGGUGAGUGGGGUUGGGUGAUGGUCUAGGAACACCAGGGGUGUGUGGGGACCUGUGUGAGUGUGGGGCGGGGGAGGCUCUCAGGAGAUGUGGAGCCUGGAGGCACAGGAGGCGGGGGAGGAGAGGGGAGAGGCCUGGGCCCGCAUUCCCACCACCCUGGAGUAGGAGAGCAGGGACACCUCCGACAAAGGACCCUGUGACAGUUAUGAAAGUGAGUUUGCCUCUAUGUCAACCCGUCCCCCCACCUUGAGAGGAGUUCACUACAGUCAAAAUGGUGAGAGAAAUAGCGGGCCGAGAAAGAAAUGGUCUGGCUGCCUCUGCCACUCUCCCCUCUCCCAGGGGCACCAAAUUGGGUCUGGAGGCCGGGGUUCGAGGCUCCACUCUUCCACAGCAUCCUUUACAGCUAAGGGCACCGCUGGGUUUCUGCUUCCACCAGGCAAGUCAGGGGCGGGCCCAACUGAUCUCCAAGGUCCUUCCUAAGAAUCUGGGAUCUUGAAGAUCCCAGGGUCGAACCGCGACGGCCCACGGGGGUGCGACUAAAACGCAAAUGGGGACUCCUCCCCAGCACGCAUUGGCUGCAAAGAGAAGGGAACCCAUAGUUGAGCGUGGCCUGCUCCCCUCUGGCCCUCCCGUGGCCCUCCCUUUCACACUGGUCUCCUCGAUAAACGCGGACCUCUCCCACCCCAUGGCUCACCCUGAAGUCAGAGAAGGCCCAACGGCCCCCACCCCGAUGGUCGUGGAAGGGGCGGGGGUCCCUGACCUGCCCCAGACCCUGACUCCCCGCCCCGCGUCCCCAGCGCCAUGGGGGAGUGGGCGUUCCUGGGCUCCCUGCUGGACGCAGUGCAGCUGCAGUCGCCGCUCCUGGGCCGCCUCUGGCUGGUGGUUAUGCUGAUCUUCCGCAUCCUGGUGCUGGCCACGGUGGGCGGCGCCGUGUUCGAGGACGAGCAAGAGGAGUUCGUGUGUAACACGUUGCAGCCGGGCUGUCGCCAGACCUGCUACGACCGCGCCUUCCCGAUCUCCCACUACCGCUUCUGGCUCUUCCACAUCCUGCUGCUCUCGGCGCCCCCGGUGCUGUUCAUCGUCUACUCCAUGCACCGGGCCGGCAAGGAGGCUGGCGGCGCGGAGGCAGCGGCGCCGUGCGCCCUCGGGCGGCCCGAGGCCCAGUGCGCGCCGUGCGCCCUGUGCGCCCGCCGCGCGCGCCGCUGCUACCUGCUGAGCGUGGCGCUGCGCCUGCUGGCCGAGCUGACCUUCCUGGGCGGCCAGGCGCUGUUCUAUGGCUUCCGCGUGGCGCCGCACUUCGCGUGCGCCGGCCCGCCCUGCCCGCACACGGUCGACUGCUUCGUGAGCCGGCCCACCGAGAAGACCGUCUUCGUGCUCUUCUACUUCGCCGUGGGGCUGCUGUCGGCGCUGCUCAGCGUGGCCGAGCUGGGCCACUUGCUCUGGAAGGGCCGCCCGCGCGCCGAGGAACGCCACAACCGCUGCAACCGUGCGCACGAGGAGGCGCAGAAGCUGCUCCCGCCGCCGCCGUCUGCCCUGCCCUCCCGGAACCCCGACCCCGAGCCCUGCGCCCCGCCCGCCUAUGCGCACCGGGCGUCCGCCAGCCACCGCGACGGCGGCAGCGGCCGCGGCAAGGCGUCACCGGCCACCGGCCGCGGGGACCUGGCCAUCUAGCAACGGGCCGGCGAGGGCUGGACGGCGAGGGCCGGACCCCGCCACCUAAGGCCGCACGGCAGAAGCCGCUUCCGGCUGUCACCGGACCUGCCCCGGCAGGAGACAAGCUGUAGGGACGGCCCAGGCCGCAGCGCUCUUGCCUCCUACUGCCUCCCAGCGGCUGCCUGCGGCACCUGGGGCCGGCCGAGCUGUGGGCGGAGGAUGAACUCAGGCAGGUCCAGGUGGAAAGGAAGGAGGCCAGUCUGGCGAGAGUGGACCCGAGGCGCAAAGCAGAGCGGAAGGUGGAGGGUGGUGGUUUUACAAGGGAUGAAACCAACUGAUGCCAGCGUUCUCAGGCACUCUCCGUGUUCAGAGAGAGUGCCCCUCCCCGUGUGGGACCUCUGGGAGUGUGCACACACGGACACAUACGCACUGUGAGCUGUGUGCGCUCGCACAUGUGAGCGCCGUGCAUGUGCGCGCAUGUGUACAGCCUGCGUGAGGCCCACUCGUGCGCACAGACCCACGUAACCCCCCAGUGAGCUGUGUGUGUGCACAUGCACACAGACACAUGUGUGCCCCCGUGAGAGCUGUGUACACACAUCCUUUCGAGCUUUGUGUGAGGUCAUUGUGCACACACACACUGUCCAUCCUGCACGGGCUGCGUGUGUGCACACCUAGACACAUAAACAUCCUUGUUCACUAGUGCGCAUGUGGACAUCCUGCGUGACCUCCGUGUGUGUGUGUGUGUGUGUGUGUGAGAGAGAGAGAGAGACAGAGAGACAGAGAGAUCUCGGAUACGCCCUGCGGAGGCGGCCAGGACCCGAUGCCAGCAGCAGCCACAAUGGCUCCCCCCCACCACCCUAAACCAGCUGAUCUGCCAGGGCGUUGCAGGAGGUCUGUCUCUCUCCGGAGAGACCUGUCCAGGGAGACAAGAGGAGGAGAGGCUUCCCUUCCCCGGGCAGGCCUCAGUCCUCAGGGGCCUAUGAACACAACCUCCCUGUCCGCCUUGUGUCUACGUGGGGACUGGGCCCUUUCAUGGAGGUGGAGGUGAAGGUGGGGCGCGGGUGGGAGGCAGGCCAGAGGGCAACACAGACUUGUGUUAUGCCUCUCUCCUCCAUCUUCAUCCCCCCCACCACUGCUGCUCCCCCAGGCUAUGAACGGAAAAGUUCCUUCUGUCCUCAGGAGAAAGUUCCCAAAACACAGGCGCUCCCAGCCCUGCCUUCCCUUCCAACCACCCACCUUUUCCUCCUUUCAGGCAUUGGAAGAGCUGCUGCCUAUGUAGGCAUCCCUGUCCUGUGUCUCCCCUCCUGUCUGCCCUCCCCCAUCACCACCCAGUGGGCUGUUAUCCAUAAGAUCACCCAGGACUUAAGUGACAAAUCCAGGGGCCUUCAUCGGACUGCACCUUGGAGGCCUCGCCGUGUCUUGCCAAUCAGGCUGUGCGUUUGCCCGUCAUCACCCCACUCUGCCCUUCUGAGCUCCUGACAGUCCCCUUCUUCCCUUAGCUCUCCUUGUGUGCCCCACACAGUGGUGAGAGGUCUUUCUGAAAACCGCCCCCCCACACACACACUUAAACCCUGGGGUUGUGCCCCUGCCCUCAGGGUGAGUCCAUCACCUUCAGGAGGCUUCCUUCUGAAGCCCUUGACAGUCAGGCCUCCAGCCCCACAGCACUGGCUUCCCGGUGUGCUCAGAACCAUAGGGAAUUUUCUGUUCCUAACAAGCACCAGGCCCACUUUUGCUGCCAAGUGUUUGAACGUGCUGUUCCUUUGCCCAGAGCAGCCGCUGCUUCCUGCAGUCUUCUCCUCCCCUAGCUAAUGCCCACCCACCUUUUGUUGUCACUUGGGAAGAAAACAGACACCUUCAAGGAGAGGGCUUCCCUGGUAGCCCCCACCCUAAGACACAGCUGGUUGCCCUUGGCUUCCCUUGGGGGAGCACUUCUCCUGCAGGAUGGCAUUGCUCCCUCCCCUUCCAUGGCAAGUAGUAUGUGCUCAGUAAACAUGUGUUGCAUGAGAAACCGAAGGGUCCCCAGGCCUACACACUGCCAUGCCCAAGCACUAUCCAUCCUAUGGGGGGGCACCAUCUCUCUGAUGAGGUUCUGACCCCAUAACCCUGACCCCUCCACACAAACUCAGACAGGGCUGUCCCGCUGUUUCCCAGAUGUUUAUUCAUUCAACAAAUAUCUGUCAAGUACCUAUGUGUCAGGUAAUGUUCAAGAUCAGUGUCAUCCAAUGGAAACAGCAUGUGAGCCAUGUAUGGAGCUUCAAGUUUUUCAUUAGCCACAUUAAAUAGUAAAAGGAAACAAGUGAAAU